AUUCAGUUGCACUAUGGCCAAUUGUUCCAUGAAAGAAGCAUUGACGGCCAAAUAUAUCAUCUCCAGGCAAUGUGAUCUCCCAAUUCCUCAGAAAUACCCUGAAGCAGACCCCGCAACAAUUAUUCCAUUUAUAUUGGCAACAAUUUUGUUUGCGAUCCGGAUGACUGCAAAGUUUUUGCAGCUUGGUGGUGGAUGGGGGCCAGAUGAUUAUACUAUCAUUAUUGCAUAUGGAUUGGCAAUUGCUUCGUUUGUGCUGAACACCUCAAUGGUGCAUUAUGGCUUUGGAAUGAACAUAUGGGAUAUACGCCCACAGAGCAACAUUACCAUGGCAUAUAAGAACUUCUUUGCCUUCAUCCUUGUCUACAAAGCCCUGAUCUCUCUUGCCAAAAUCUCUGUCUGCCUCUUCCUCCUCCGCAUCUUUCAAUCGCCCAUCUUCCGCUACACAAGCUACAUCAUAAUAGCCAUCAACUCUGCAAUUGCAAUCACCUGGAUACUAACUGACAGUUUCCACUGCACACCAGUGCACCUUGCAUGGACAGGAUGGGCAAUGGAGGAACAAGGAACGUGUAUUGAUUUUAUUGCAUCAACGUUUGCAAAUGGAUUCGUGAAUAUUGCGGUGGAUAUGGUUAUGGUAAUCAUGCCAAUUUAUGAAGUGUUGAAGUUGAAUUUAUCAGUGCAGAAGAAGGUUGGGGUUGCUGUUAUGUUUGCAGCAGGACUGGUAUUAACGGCUAUCGGAAUCGUCCGAGUGGUAAUUUUAGCCCAAAACAUCCCCGACAUAAACCCAACCUACCAAUUAGAACCCCUAAUCCACUGGUCUGCAAUUGAAUGCCAAAUCGCCAUCAUCUGUGUCUGCCUCCCCACAAGCCGCGCCCUCUUUGCCCACAUCCUCCCUGGCACAGAUACAACCCACAACUCCUCAGCUGCCUACCCAUACCCAACUGCAACGGGGACUUCAAGCAGGGCUGCUGCUGCGUCUGCUUUUGCCAGAUCAGGGACAGGUGAUAAGGAGAAGGGUCAGAUUUCAAAGACAGUAUCAUAUUCAGUUGAUAUCGGCACAAAGUCUAAGCAGUUGAAGAGGGAGUCCGAUGGGUUUAUUCGAUUGAGGGAUAUUGAGACUGGAGAGGAGAGGGGUUUAUGAUGAGUGUGAGGUGGAUUUGGGCCUGAUGCUCAUUUACCACAAUCAUGACCAAAGUCCGCUUUAUUUGUUACAGGGUAAAUAAUUCCCGAACGGGAUGAGGGCAAGCAAUUACAAGUGCCUGUGUGUGACAGUCUUGACGGCCGACGACCGGCAAACACUGGCAAACGCUGCCAACGGAGCAAUAUGAGCAAACAGAGAGCCCUAGCCCUUCAGCACAUGAUCGCACGAUGGGUAGAUAGCUUUCCUUUGUCUUGCCAGGCAGUUUCCUUUCUUCUUUUCUUUCCUCUCCAGAUUCGAUAUUUUCGUUGGAUGGCUACCUAGAUUAGAUAGAAAUAUCAUU